CAACGCUACGCAACGGUAAAUUGAGGCGGUAAAUCGAUAGUAUGCCGACUACGCGUAUUGUGCCAUCUUAAUCCACAAUGACAACAGUUAUUCGCGCACCUAAGGAGACCUUGUUGUAUAUUUGCAGAUCGCAUCUAACCUACUUGAGUAAUCUAAAUGGCGUAUUCCCGGAGAGGUCGCAAACAGAAACCCGAAAGUUGGUGAUCAGAAGCCAGUUGAGGAGUUGCAUUGAGGGAGAAUCAAUCUGCCACCAACGCAAAAGGCACACACCCUGAGCAACCUGAAUUUCAAGCUUCAUGAUGUUGCAGAUCAAGCGAACUCGCAGUAUCACAGCAGCGUCUUCAAAAGAGACAAUAUCAAAAAGACGUAAAACGAUCGAACAGGUCCAGCAAAAGGGCGAAGAAGAGACGCUUCCCACGGUACAAUCAGCAUUGAAGCUCCACGCGAUACGUCAACCAUACGAAGUCUCCGACGACCAUCCACUCCCAAGCAUCCAACACGAGAGCGAACUCUUAGUAAAAGUGCAAGCGAUAGGCCUCAACCCAAUCGACUGGAAAGCACCCGACUACAACUUCGGCAUCCCAAUCCUCCCCUACAUCUCUGGCCGAGAAUACAGCGGCACAGUACUCCUCACUCCACCAACACCCUCGUCUCGCAUCAAAAAAGGCGACCGCGUCCUCGUCCCCUCAACCGACUACCGUGACCCGCGUAAAGCCGCAUACCAAAACUACAGCAUUGCUUCUACUUUCAACACCAUCCGCCUGCCUCCCAACAUCGCCCUUGAUUCCGGCAGUAUUCUAGGCGUAGCUUUUGUCUCCGCCGCCCUCACAUUAGGAAUAUGUCUCGGGCUCGACUUCACCGACAUUGAAUACGGGCCGAAUCUUCUUGAUAUUGUAAGGAAAAUGGAUCCAGAGGGUAUACCUAGUGACAUCCGCCAAGAAUGCCUCCACAGCAUCGCCGUCAAAGAACGUAUCAAGAAAGGCGACUACCUCAUUAUCUGGGGCGCGGGCUCAGUCUGCGCCUUCGUUACGAUGCAGAUAGCGCGGCUUGCUGGGAUAAAAGUCGUAGCAGUUGUUGAUGCGGUAAAACACGGUUCUAGACUACUAGCCUCAGAGGCAGCGCGACCAGAUUAUCUCGUUGACGCGCACGACACGGGGAGAGCGGUGGAAGUAGUUCGGGCGUAUACGGGGGAGAGAGGGCCAAGGUUUGGCUUUGACACGCUGGGUAGGGAAACAGCGGGGUGCUUGAUGAGCGCUCUUGCUCAUCCUGCUGCUCCACCGGCGUCACGGGCUAAACUGCCGACUCCGCCGUCAACACCGCAUACCCCCGUUUCUACGGCGCAACGAUCUCAUCUUGUAGGCUUGACGGGUCUGUCGAAGGAUAACGUGCCGAAAGAGAUGGUACUGCACAGUGUACCUAUCAAGUUGUACCACGAAGUGCCGCAAGUUGGUGAGGCGCUCAGUGAGUGGUGCGAACGGCUGCUAGCCAAGGGGAUGUUGAUUCCGCCGGAUGUUGUGGGUACGGUUGAGGGGUUGGAAGGGGUGAAUGCGGGGUUGGAUCGGAUGAGGCGGCGGGAAGUCAGUGGGGGGAGACUGGUUGCUGUUUUGAAGUAA